CAGAUCUUGGAGUUACAGACAGUUGUGUGCUGCCAUGUGGGUGCUGGGAAUUGAACCCAGGCCCUCUGAAAGAGCAGCCAGUGCUCUUAACUGCUGAGCCAUCUCUCCAGGUCAGCCUCUAGCUCUUGAGUAAAAGUGAGGAGAUACACUAACAUUCCAAGUUCCUGGAAUUUGCCAGGAGGUACAGGCACCCAGGGACUGGCUCUGUCCCCAGAGAUGCCUGACUUGUGUUCUUCAAGAAGGCCAGGCUCCCUCUCCUCUCUGACAGGUGCUAAGGGACCACUUCUGAAGCUGGAGAACCCGGGGGAGGGUUCAGCAGCCAGAUGCCCAUGCUGAGCACCCACUCCCUGAAACCUGUGGCCCUGCACAUGCCACCUGGGACCUCGGAGUUCCUAGGCUGCCAGCGGCGCCACACACUCCCUGCUAGCGAGUUCCGCUGCCUCACUCCGGGGGAUGCCGUCAGCGUGUUUGAGAUUGAACGGGAAGCCUUUAUCUCCGUCUCCGGUACCUGUCCCCUCUACUUGGAUGAGAUCCGACACUUCCUAACCCUGUGUCCAGAGCUGUCCUUGGGCUGGUUCGAGGAGGGUCGCCUUGUGGCCUUCAUCAUCGGCUCACUUUGGGACGAGGAGAGACUUACUCAGGAGUCGCUGACACUACACAGGCCUGGAGGCCGCACGGCACACCUGCACGUACUGGCAGUGCACCGUACCUUCCGGAAGCAGGGCAAGGGCUCCGUCCUGCUGUGGCGCUACCUGCACCACCUGGGGAGCCAGCCCUCUGUCCGUCGGGCCGUGCUCAUGUGCGAGCACCCACUGGUGGCCUUCUAUGAGAAAUUUGGCUUCCAGGUUGUGGGCCCAUGUGCCGUCACCGUGGGCCCCCUCACCUUCAUGGAGCUGCAGUGUUCCUUACGGUGCCAUGCCUUUCUGCGCAGAAACAGCGGCUGCUGACCCAAGCAGCCCUCUUGGCCAUGAAGAGGUGGGAGUAGCAGGCUGGGGGCUCCUGUCUAACUCCCACACCACACCCUCCUCUGCCUAGAACCCACCCAGGUAGAGCUGGCUAGAAAGGAAGGGAGACAGCCGUUGCCAACUGGAGUAGAGCGGUAAUGGUUAGUAAAGCGGACAGGAGGUGGGUGGCUUUACCUCAGCACAAGCUGCCGUCUGUCCCCAGAGGGGCUCUUGCAUUCUGAACUGUGCCGAAGCCAGGACCAGGACGGGAAACCAGAGUAGUGGAGGUCUGUCCCCCACGCCUCCUCCUCUACCUGCCCUGUUUCUGCAUCCCAGUGCAGGACCCUGAUUCUUGGGGUCCUUGCUAUCCCCAGACUGACACCCCUUCCUGGCUCCUAACUGGGAAUGAGGGACAGCCAGAGGACGAAUUUAAGAAGGACCUGGGGCUGGGACCUGUGAAUGGUGGUAACCUUGGGGUAGCAGGGUGCUGCAGGGCCACACCCCACUGCGCUUGGGCACCAGUGUGCCUGCCACCCCCCUCCCCGCUCAGGCUUCUUUUCCAUCAUGAUUCCCUGCCCAGCCCCGCUAAUGAAGCAGCUAUGUCUGCCAUGGCUGUGGCUCAUGGGUGUGUGCAGGGGCUUCUGAGUGAGCUGAUGAAGGAUCCAAUACCACCUGACCUUCUGCUAAGAGCACCUCUGCCUGAACAGGCCAUUCCUGCACAUAGUCAGCCCUGUUCCUGCCCUGGAGCAGAGGUAGAGCAGCUGGGUUUGAGAUCUCAGGGUGCAACCCAAUCUCUGAGUCCUCAGUGUCUCCGUGGUGACCUCAAUCUGGUUUUGGACUCAACUAAAAUGCCAGAGAAAUCCCCAGUCUGCCUCAGCCUCGU